CCCUUGAAUGAGAAUAUGAGAUCACACACAUCUCAAUAGAAAAAACAGUCAAAGCAAAACAUGGCACAUUUUGCUCAUACCAGCACCACCGCUACUCUUGCUUUCCUCAUCCUCCUCCUUCUUUACUCUUCUGAGUCCAUUUUGAGUGAUGAGUAUGGCCUUGAGUCCUCACCUGUACCAGAUUCAGAUGUUGAUCUCUUGGAGUUUCCUCUGAACCUUGAGUACUUGGAAGCUGAGUUCUUCCUGUAUGGCUCUUUGGGUUUUGGCUUGGACAAAGUCGCUCCAAACUUGACAAUGGGAGGUCCAAAACCCCUGGGUGCUAAGAAAGCCAAACUGGACCCCUUCACUAGGGAUGUGAUGGAACAGUUUGCAUGGCAAGAAGUUGGACACUUGAGAGCUAUUAAAAAGACAGUGAAAGGGUUCCGAAGGCCACAGUUGGAUUUAAGUGCAAAAUCAUUUGCAAAAGUGUUUAAUCUUGCAUUUGGGCGUGUUUUGAAGCCGCCAUUUGAUCCUUAUGCCAAUAGCUUGAACUAUCUCCUUGCAUCCUAUUUGAUCCCUUAUGUUGGUCUUACUGGUUAUGUUGGAGCAAACCCAAAACUCCAAGGCUCUACUUCCAAAAGGCUUGUUGCAGGUCUUUUGGGUGUGGAAUCAGGACAAGAUGCAGUAAUUCGAACAUUGCUGUAUAACCAUGCUAUGGUGAAAGUGCAUCCAUAUGAUAUAACAGUGGCCGAGUUCACAAAUCGGCUUUCUGAUCUGAGGAACAAGCUGGGAAAAGCAGGUUUGAAAGAUGAAGGCCUUUGGGUUCCAAAAUAUGAAGGAGCUGAGGGAAAAAUCAGUGGUAAUGUUCUGGCCGGAGACGGAUAUUCAGUUGCAUAUGACAGGACACCGGAGGAGAUACUGAGGAUUGUAUACGGAUCAGGUGAUGAACAUGUCCCUGGGGGUUUCUAUCCGAAAGGAGCUAAUGGUCGCAUUGCCAAAUCUUAUCUACAAAAUGAAUAGAGCUGGAAGAAAUUAUACAUAUACUAAAGUAGAAUAGGAUUUUACUGUUGAAUGAGCAAUUCUACCGUGAUGAACAGUACUACAAUGAUGCGGUGGUGGUGUUAAAGUAUCAUUUGUAAGAAUAAUAGAUUUCUUCAAAAUAAACUAAAUGUGUGGACCAGAGUCUCAAGAUAAACGUAUCCGCAUGAUGCUGCGGGAAGGAGUUGUUAUAUUUAGUAGACGUUAACCAAAGAUAUUAUAUAUUGCUUUACA